AUGCAGUCCACAGGAAAAGGUUCUGGUAUCAGAGCUGGUUCUGGAUUCUCCGCCGUGCUGCUGGUUCUCAGUUUGAUGUGUGCCGGGCCGGUCGGCUGCCACAGGAACUUCACGACUGAGCUGUCUCUAUCAGAUCUGAUGAUGUCGGACCUGCCCGACCUGCUCAGCACCGACCUGCCUCCGGAACCGGAGAUGGACCGUCGCAGCCAAAGCCCAAAGGCAGAGACGGACCUCCUGCAGGAGACUUUGAAGGAGGCGAUGUUGAACAAACACUCAAACAAACCGAAGCACAAACCGGAUCUCAAGGUUCCGUCACUCUCCUCCAACUGGACCCGGCCGGUUCUGGUCCGCCCGGUAGCGCCCCCCAGCUGCCUGCAGGCCACGUCCAUCAAGACCUUCUUCAAGUACAUCAACACGGUUCUGUCCUGCCUGAUCUUCGCCGUGGGGAUCGUCGGGAACGCCACACUGCUCCGGAUCAUCUGCCAGAACCGAACCAUGAGGAACGGACCCAACGCCCUGAUCGCCAGCCUGGCGCUGGGAGACCUGAUCUACAUCGCCAUCGACAUCCCCAUCAACGUCUACAAGAUCGUAGUGAUCUGGCUGCUGUCGGUGGUUCUGGCCGUUCCAGAGGCCGUCGGCUUCGACAUGGUGACCUUCGACUACAAGAACGCCACCAUGAGAACCUGCAUGCUGCAGCCCAGAACGCCCUUCAUGACCUUCUACCGGGACGCCAAGGACUGGUGGCUGUUUGGGUUCUACUUCUGCGUGCCUCUGGCCUGCUCGGCGCUGUUCUACGGCCUGAUGACCUGCGAGAUGCUGCGGCACCAGAAGGGCAGCCUGAGGAUCUCUCUGAGCGAACACCUGAAGCAGCGCCGAGAAGUGGCCAAGGCGGUGUUCUGCCUGGUUCUGAUCUUCGCUCUGUGCUGGUUCCCGCUCCACCUGAGCCGGCUGCUGAAGAGGACGGUGUACAGGUCCAACGACGCUCAUCGCUGCGAGCUGCUCAAUUUCCUGCUGGUGCUCGACUACUUCAGCAUCAACAUGGCCACCAUCAACUCCUGCAUCAACCCCAUCAUCCUCUACUUCGUCUCCAAGAAGUUCAAGACCUGCUUCAGGUCGUGUCUGUGCUGCUGCUGGUAUUCUGGUUCUGAGUCCAACAGCCUGCUUCCUCUGCACCACGGGACCAGCCUGCAGCACUGA